AUGGACCUUUACGACCAAGAUAAUUUGGACGACUAUCAUAUCAUUCUCACGGAUUACCUUGGCAACACUGCGUGGUAUUUGGGGCCAAAUGGCAAGCUUACGAUGUCGACUUUUUCAGACGGUGGACUCAGUAUCAGUACUUGGACAGGUAGCCCAGGAUCCCAUUUCGGUUCUAAGUCCUUCAUUCUGACAUACAUCAUAGCUUGA